AUGAGGGAUAUACAGAUUCUCGAUAAGAUGAUGGCAAAAUUGCUUAUUGCUAUUGUCUUAUGUUUGGCAUAUUGUAAUAGUUAUUCGUAUGGACAGCUGCCUGCAAUCAAAAUUUCUGCUCCUACGACAGUCACUGUUAAGUGGCCUUCAGAUGAAAACCUAUUCAAUCUUAGUGAAUGGUUUAAUUAUUUAAUCUUUGUUGGUAUUGUUUUGGUUGCUAUUAUUCUGAUAGGUAUCUUACUUGAAAUUAUAGAUUGUGGUAUUUGGUGUUCGAGAAGAGUUUGUAAUUGUUGUGGUGGAAGCAAGUUAAAGAAAUUUGAUCCUUAUUCUGGUCCGGGUUACUCUAAAAAGAGAGUUUGUUGUACUGGAACAGUUAUUAUCCUUAUCUUUUUGAUAAUAUUGGGAGCUGCUGGUGUUUAUGCCGCAUACAAUGCAUUCUUUAGUAUUAAUAUAAGAAAACUCAUAGAUACUGGAAAUGAAGUGUUAACGAACGUCAAUGGAACUUUGAAUGGUGCUGUUAGAGCUGCUAAUGUUGGAUUGCCAAAUGCUAUUUCAGAGACAGUCUCAGAAAUUAAGAGUUUAAUCAUCAACCCAUCUAAAGAAAUUUGUGUUUCUAUUGAAGGUAUCAAUGACAUUUUAGAGGAUGUAAGAAGCAAAGUUCAGGAUCUGGAGGAUAAUGAACUUCCAAAAUUUGACACGCUUCAUGAUGAUGUUGCUGUCAUCCUUAAUGACAUCAACAACAAGAUAGUUUAUGAUCCUCAAGGAAAAUCCAACCAAAUUUCAGGUGUUCAAUUUGAUGUAUCGGGAAUUUUGUCAAAAAUUGGGAUAGCUUACGGUGUAAUCAAUCAGACAAAGAUUAAGAUUUCAGGUCAAAUUGAUGAUUGCAGUAUUUCUAUUUCACAGGUUGAAGACGAAUUUACCAACCCAAACAACAAGUAUUUCACUUCUGCUGUAGUAACUGCUCAAAAUUCAAUUAUCCAAACCAUUAACCAAUUCUCCUCAACAUUACAACAAAUUGGACUUGAACAAGUUUCACUCUAUGUAUCAUAUGUUAAUAUUGCCGACUCUGUUAGACUUGCAGUAGAAUUGGUUAUUGUUGCUGCUCCAUUAUUGUUCUUCUUUGCGGUAACUAUUGGUAUUUGUGCAAACAAGAAAUUCUUGUUCAAGGCUCCAGCUUGUUGUAUCUUUAUUACCUUCUGGUUGUUUUUCAUUAUUUCAUCAUUGCAUAUUGCAUUUUGGAUUAUAACUAAAGAUAUUUGUAAAGAAAUACCUGCAAGACAAGACACUUUCCUUUCCUUAGUAGGUAACCUGACUGGAAAUCCACUAGCUCAGUUCAACACAACCAUCCCAGCUGCUGCAAAGGGUGUUUUAAAUUGUAAAUCUGAUUUCAUUACCGAAACUUUGGGUGGAUCAGAAAAAUCAAUUACAACCAUAAGAAGUAUUAUUGGUAUUGACAGCAGCUUUUGUUCAAGUAUUUCAUCAAUGACAAGUCAGAUUUCUAUAUCUAAAACUAUAUCUGUUGGAGGUGACGUAUCGACUAGUUUAAGUCUUUCAAUGGAUUAUAACGCAAUGACCAGCACUUUAUACGCUGAUAUGGAUAAAUUCAAGAAUGGGUUGACUGAUAUUAAGACUGAUGCAGAAUCCAAAUUCAAUUCCUCACUUGCAACAGCUCAUGCUUCUAAUCCAAGUUUAAACAGAAACAGCAUUCAAACAUAUUGUGCUACUCACAAUACCACCGAUGUUUGUAAAAAAUACCAAAAUUAUGUUACUGCAACCAACCAGAUGACAGUAAUUUUUGCUGAUUUGGCCAAAGUUGAUGCAAAAUUAGUUGAAUUGAAGAAUCUGAUUGAUGUUAUCAACUCUAUUGUUGCUAACGAUAUUAAGACAGCCCCACAACAAAUUACUGAUAAGGCAAAUGAGAUUUUAGGUUCUGUGACAACUCUUGUUGCAAAGAUCAACAACAAGGCACUUACAUUGGUUGACACAGUUAUUACAAAAAUAAUGACUGUGUUUACAACCCCACUUUCAUGCCAAUUUAUUCCAAGUGCAAUUAACAAAGUGGAUGAACAAUUCUGCAGAGGAAUAGUUUUGGACUCGAUUGUAAUUGGUGUUAGCUCUUUUGUAAUUGGUGUUUUGUGUGCUAUUGGUUUUAUUUUCAUAUUACUCAUUGACAAGUACCGAACUUAUCAACUUAAGGUUCAAAAUAAGGGUAAAAAUAAGACUCCAAAAUCCGAAAAGAAGAAGCCAGUAGAUUUGUUGCACCAAAUUGAAUUGACUGAGGAUAGAGAUAGUGAAAGAGCAAAGGGUGCUGCUCCUGCACUUGAAGAUCUCAGUCCACCUACUUAUGAAGAAGCCAGCGGCAAUUUCUUCUAUUAA